AUGAGCGAGACAUAUGAAUGUAUCGACUGUCUCGACGACAUCCACGACGGCUCUGCUAUCGUGCUCAACGAUUACCAUGUCUGCGUCACUUGCUUCGAGAGCAAGCUCAAGCCAAUGUUCAACCAGGCUUUGAUCGACGAGUCAAGCUAUCCUGUCAGAUGGUCCGGGCAAGAGGUUGUACUUACCGACAGUAUACGAGGGCACUUUUACGGCUCCUUCCUGGCGAAGUGGUCCGCUAUACAGACUGAGCGAAGCGUUCUCCCAAAGAAUAGACACUACUGUGCUGGACCACAGUGUGGUAGGUUCCUUGGUGCGAUUAGCACCGAGCAAAACGUCAAAGAGUGCACCGACUGCUCUUCACGUUCUUGUGGUGUAUGCGCUGUGCUUGUCACAGGACUAACCGAGGAUCACAGAUGUGCCACGAUACCGAAGGCCGACGAAGCGUUCGAGGGAAUUACCAGAGGCGUCGACUAUCAGAUCUGUCCAAAGUGCACCACUCCAGUGUCAAUAAAAGAUGGAUGCAAUCACAUGACAUGUGGCGUCCCUGCUUGUCGGUCCGGGUUUUGCUAUAUUUGCGGCAAAGAGGCCAAAGAGGGCUCUGGUCAUUGGAACAUCGGAAACCCGUGUCCGAGAUAUAAUUCUAGAGGCGCCUCAAAUGCGGCCCACGAUCACGAAACUGUCCAAAUUGAUCGCCCAAGAGGAAUCCGACACGUCAUUUGGAACAGGGCCGAAGAUGCCCUUAACGCAGCUAACCCGGAGCUGUGGGAAGCAAUCCAAACCGAUGAGGAGGCAGCCGCGGAGCGGGGAUAUCUUCGCGAACUCGCAGCGGAAGAUAUCCAAGGAGCAUUUGACCGCAUUUCGAAUUUGUCUGAGUCUAGGCUGGCCAGAGAGGACGCCGCGGAGCUUCUCCAUGUGAUUGACGAGAUCAGGGAAUACGCUGUGAGUCUGUGGGACGAUGGACAGGCCCUCCCUCUGUGGCUGAACAACACCAUGCAGCUUGCUCAUUAUCUCUUGACGGGCACUGAUGUGUACGCAGCUCCGCUGAUCACAGUCAUGCAUCGCCCCAUGGGUGAAGAUUUCAAGCGAUUCUUUAUCGAAGAAUGGGACCCGGCAAUCCAGGAUGUCUACCACGCCUCUGGGGAAGGCCUGAUUAGAUGGCCUCAGGUCGAUGACGUUUACUACCAUUAUCGUCUGGCGGUUGAUAACCGCAUGGCAGAGCUCGUGGACUUCGCACCUCCUGCUGCUUGA